AUGAAACGUUGGAUAAUAUCGACCAAAGGCAACACAGGGACGCCAGCGGAGAGGCCAGUGGAGGAAAGCGGAAAAGCACCACCGUCAGAAAGGCCAUCGACCUCAGGUACAGACAGAGACCGGUGGGUGCAUGAAGAGGACAUCCAUAAGCAGUCGGGUCAGCCUUACUCUAAGUGUCGAAAAUAUCGAGAGGAAUUUAUCCAGUAUGGAUUCACAUGCGUCAUCAUCAACGAUCAGAUCAUUAACUGGUGUGUUCAUACAGACUGCAGGCUGAAAGGAAAUAGAGAGACAAAAGAGAUCACUGCAUACACAGGAGUCUCAGUACUGCUGCCCUGCUCCUGCACUGACCCUCACAGCAAACCUGAGACAUACACCUGGGAGAAAUACACAAAUGACUGGGUACAGAUAUCUCCUGAGAGUGAUCAGUACAAAGAGAGAUUUCAGCUGGUUAAUGAUCACUCUUCAGGAAAUCUCUCUCUGCUCAUAUCACACCUGACUGAAGAGGAUGGAGGAGAUUACAGGUGUAAUGUUAAAGGGGCUGAAUACAGAUACAUCAGACUCACUGUUAAAGGCUGCAGACUGAAAGGAAAUAGAGAGACAGAAGAGAUCACUGCAUUUACAGGAGGCUCAGUACUGCUGCCCUGCUCCUGCACUGACCUCCACAUCAAACCUGAGACAUUCACAUGGGAGAAAUACACAAAUAGAAAUAACUGGGUACAGAUAUCUCCUGAGAGUGAUCAGUACAAAGAGAGAUUUCAGCUGGUGAAUAAUGACUCUUCAGGAAAUCUCUCUCUGCUCAUAUCACACCUGACUGUAGAGGAUGGACGACUUUACAAGUGUAAUGUUAAUGAGGGUGAAUACAGAUACAUCAGACUCACUGUUAAAGGUAAAUGA